CGCCCCGGCCUUAUUCCCGCCUGGGGAGCGCCUCGUAGGGGGGAGCGCGGGACAGCCAGGGAGGCCGAGGCUGGGGCCCCGGGCGCCCCAGCUCUCCGAAGCGGGGAGGCGGCCCCCACUCCGGGAGCCGGAACGCAGGGAAAGGCAAGGACGGGGCGGCCGGCGGAGGGGCGGGCGCCGCUCAUCAACCACGCCAGUCACGUCUGGGGCCACCCGGCUGCCUUUUUCUUCCUUUCCCCCUUUGCUUUCUCCCCCCUUCCCGGUUGGCGACGGCAAAGUGGCCGUGGCGGCGCCAUGCCCGGGCCGGAGUGAGUGCGCGGGGGCGAAAAUGGCGUACAUCCAGUUGGAACCAUUAAACGAGGGUUUUCUUUCUAGAAUCUCUGAUCUGCUGCUGUGCAGAUGGACUUGCCGGCACUGCUGUCAGAAGUGCUACGAGUCCAGCUGUUGCCAGUCCAGUGAGGAUGAAGUUGAAAUUCUGGGACCUUUCCCUGCCCAGACUCCUCCCUGGCUGAUGGCCAGCCGGAGCAGUGACAAAGAUGGUGACUCUGUCCACACAGCCAGCGAUGUCCCACUUACCCCACGAACCAACUCCCCGGAUGGGAGACGCUCAUCCUCAGACACAUCCAAGUCCACGUACAGCCUGACCCGGAGGAUUUCAAGUCUAGAGUCAAGACGACCCAGCUCCCCACUCAUCGAUAUUAAACCCAUCGAGUUUGGGAUUCUCAGCGCCAAGAAGGAACCCAUCCAGCCUUCAGUGCUCAGACGGACCUAUACCCCGGAUGACUAUUUCAGGAAGUUUGAGCCCCGGCUGUACUCCCUCGACUCCAGCAGCGACGACGUGGACUCUCUGACAGACGAGGAGAUCUUGUCCAAGUACCAGCUGGGCAUGCUGCACUUCAGCACCCAGUACGACUUGCUGCACAAUCACCUCACAGUGAGGGUGAUCGAGGCCAGGGACCUGCCACCUCCUAUCUCCCAUGAUGGCUCUCGCCAGGACAUGGCACAUUCCAACCCUUAUGUCAAGAUCUGUCUCCUGCCAGACCAGAAAAACUCUAAGCAGACCGGGGUCAAGCGCAAGACCCAGAAGCCCGUGUUUGAGGAGCGCUACACCUUCGAGAUCCCCUUCCUAGAAGCCCAGAGGAGGACCCUGCUCCUCACUGUGGUGGAUUUUGAUAAGUUCUCCCGCCACUGUGUCAUUGGCAAAGUUUCCGUGCCUUUGUGUGAAGUUGACCUGGUGAAGGGCGGGCACUGGUGGAAGGCGCUGAUUCCCAGUUCUCAGAAUGAAGUGGAGUUGGGGGAGCUGCUUCUGUCACUGAAUUAUCUCCCAAGUGCUGGGAGACUAAAUGUUGAUGUCAUUCGAGCCAAGCAACUUCUUCAGACAGAUGUGAGCCAAGGUUCAGACCCCUUUGUGAAAAUACAGCUCGUGCAUGGGCUCAAGCUUGUGAAAACCAAGAAGACAUCCUUUUUAAGAGGCACAAUAGAUCCUUUCUACAAUGAGUCCUUCAGCUUCAAAGUUCCCCAAGAAGAACUAGAAAAUGCCAGCCUAGUAUUUACAGUGUUUGGCCACAACAUGAAGAGUAGCAAUGACUUCAUUGGAAGGAUCGUCAUCGGCCAAUACUCUUCGGGCCCCUCUGAAUCCAACCACUGGCGACGGAUGCUCAACACCCACCGCACAGCCGUGGAGCAGUGGCACAGUCUGAGGUCCCGAGCCGAGUGUGACCGCGUGUCUCCUGCCUCCCUGGAGGUGACCUGAGGGCAGCCAGACGGCAGCUUUCAUUUGUGAAAAAAAAAAGAAAAAGAAAAAGAAAAAAGACAAAAAAAGCCUCACAUACCUUCUACAACCACACCUGUGUACACACAACACACACACACACACACACACACACACACACACCCUAAAUCCUCUCACAAUUGAGAGGAAGCUAUUAAUCACAAAAUGGCCACCCUCAAUGAGCAAGGCCUGAGAACUUUCCGGAGACCCCAUCCAUAUAUGACAAGCUGAGCGGGCUCUGUCAUGGGACUUGUUGGCAGUACCUGCUCUUGAUACCCCUGCCCCGAAAAGCACUUUCAACCCUCAGACCAGAGAAAGGACCUCCCAAAGGGUGCCAACCUCUGUCAAGACUAAAUUCACCAAGAGUUUGGCCAGUGUGUGGGAGGUCUGACCCUCCACUCCCAAAACACACACCCACUGGGUAACUUCUGAACAGGCCAAUGCUCCCUGGGAUUCUUCAAACCUGACACCUUUCUCCAAAGGUUUAAGUAUCUUUGUCUUCUACUUAGUAAAUGUGAUAAAUAGAUUAGGCUCUUUGGAGAAAUCAAAUGGCAACAAAUAAUACCCAGUGUAAGAAACCUCUCCUGGCUUAACUGAAUUUGUCCUUGUGUUAGCUUAUUCCAGGGGACUCCCUGUGAGUAUGAUGUGUAUGUUCUCGUGCGUGUGCCCUCACAGGUGAACACGUGUGCACCUAUGUGUCUUCUUGGAGAGCUGGGACCUCAACCCUGAGCACCCCCUUCUCUCUGCCUCUCCCAUCCAGUGAGAUUUCACCCAGUGUCCUCCUGUCUGUCAAAAACUCCACCUUUUGGCUAACGGUAAUGUGUGUGUGUCAAAUAAAUAGGACAUACUAGAGCAAAAGUAACAUUUUUUGACUGAACCAUGGUGAUUGUGAACCACAAAAGACCUACAAAGGACCUGAUAUGUGGAUUAAAACAGCCUCCACACGCCAUCGUGAUGAUCUCCUUCCUUCAUCGUACUCUGCAGAUCUUUCUGUGUUGGUGUGAACCAAAGUCACGUCUCAUGUGCUAAAGAAUUAGUGUAGUUAGAAUAGAUCUCUCCCUCUCUCUCUCUCUCCGCCCCCCCAUUAGAUGCUUCUGUAUCUUUUCCCACAGCAUAUUGUCACGUGUGAUGGGGAGCUAUUUAUUGAAAUUAAAGAUUAUUUAUUUGUGCCAUGCA